AUGUUUCCCUCUUCGGUGGCCGGAGCUUGCUCGACGUCACUGUGGGAGGGAUGGCUGGUUAGGUCCUUUGUCGACUUUGUUUGGGCCCCUGCGGUGGUUUCACCGUGGUCUGGUCGACGCUUCUUGGUCGUUCUGUCUCUAUUUGGCCGGAUCUAUAUGGUCGGGGCAUGGCUUCUCGAUCUGGGCUUUUGUAGCCUCGGUGAUGGUUUUGGUCACUCAGAUUUGCGAGGCCAGGUAAUCGACAGCUCCAGGAUUUGUUUUUCGCUUCCUCCGGCAGAGGCUUCGUCGAGCUCUUCUCUCCAGGUUCUUUCUCCUCGGGUUUCGAUCUCUUCCUUCUCUCUUAGGCUUCACUGGUGGCUCCUAGGCCCCUCCCCGUUGUGGCUAUUGGUUUGUUCUGUGGACAAUGCUUGUGUCGUGUUGGCUGCUUGUUUGUGGUUGUAUUACAACUUGGGUUUGUUGCGGGGUCAGGCUGAUUUUGUAGCUUUCGUCUAUUGUCUCGUGGUGCAUCUGUCCCGGUUGGGACUGGUGGGUCUAGUUGGUAGUAGUGGAAUGGUUCGUGUGUUUACAUUGGAUGGCAUGUCUUUGGAGUUGUUCUGGUGGCUAUCGAUGUUUGGUCGUUCAUCUCGGAUUAGUGAUUUGUUCUACCUGCCAUUGCGUAGAUCUCUAUCAGGUUGUGACGUUGGCUAUCCGGCUCUUGGUAUUGUUCUUGUUUUGGUGAAAUCAUUGGCUGUCUUUUCUUUGAAGAAGGUGAUCUCAAGUCUCAUAUCCUUCACUCAGCAGUUAAGCUCUCCUUUGUGA